AUGUUUCCUUACGGUGAAGAUGGCUACCAAGAAGACAUUCCUUUGCGAGAAUCUUAUAGGGAUGAUGAAAAUAGAAAGAGACAGCGUUUCUUGGUUGAUUGCUUUUCUAUGAUUAAAGCACAAAGGUUGACCUACUAUCGAAACAACCAAACCAAGGUGAGGAGUGAUAUAUACAAAGGGAUUCAAGAUGCAGUUGUUAGGGGUGAGACUCGUGCUUCCAAAGCAGAUGCUAUGACAAUUUGUAAGAAAUAUGGAUAUCUAGACCUCUUCAUUACAAUGACAUGUAACCCGAGUUGUCAAGAGAUUGGCAGGGUUAACAAUCCAAGGAACUUAAAGGUUGAAGACCGGCCAGAUAUAUCGUGUAGAGUGUUCAAAAUUAAGCUUGACAUGAUAAUCUUGGAUCUUAAGCAAGGAAUUUCAUUUGGAGUGCUAGAUGCAGAGUACUGUAACAAGUCAAAUGCUAUCAAAUAUUUGUUCAAGUACGUGAAUAAAGGUCUAGACAGGGUAGCAAUUGGAGUUAUAAAGGAAGCUUUUAGUGGAGAGGAUGCUCAGAUUAUUGAUGAGAUCAAACAAUUUUAUGAUUGCAUAUAUUUGUCUGCAUAUGAGGCUGUGUGA